AAAUAUAAUAUUUAAAUAAUAUAGAAAAAAAUAAAGAAGUUAACAUAUGUUAUAAUGUAAAAAUUAUUGGUAAAUUAUAUAAAAAUAUGAUUUGUUAAUAUAUUUUGUAACGAGGAGGUCACUCAUGGUUGAGUGCUGUAAGAAUGGUUAUAAGAAAAAUAAAACAAAAAUUUGAAAAGAAACAAAAACCAAAUGGGCUUUAGCUCAGUGGUCAGAACUACCGCCACCAUGGGCGGCCACCGCUAAUCGACGUCAGAUUCCCGCUUCCCGAAAUCUUAUGACGUGGCAAUUUCUUAUUGGAUGAGGCCAAAACAACAACUAUCUUAUCGUCGUCUCAAGUGUACCCAAUAAUAUCCCAAACGUCUUCAUCUUCGGAAUAGAAGUUUGUUAUAGAGUUCCAAUAAAAAUCUAAUCUUUAUUCUCUCAAAAAACACGAAGAAGAGGUGAAUAUUCAAUAUCCAGUAUCAAUGGGGACCCAAGCUGUGCCAGUAGAGAUAGCGGAGCCGUUGAUUCACGGAUCGGAGAAAGUCACUACCGUUGAUCCUAACGAUGAUUGCGGCCCUAUUCCUGAAUGGAAAGAUCAGAUCACGAUUAGAGGUCUGGUGGUCAGCGCCCUCUUGGGUAGUCUUUUCUGCGUCAUCACCCACAAGCUCAAUUUGACGGUUGGGAUCAUUCCGUCGUUGAACGUUGCAGCUGGGUUGUUGGGUUUCUUCUUCGUCAAGUCGUGGACUGGUCUUUUGUCCCAACUGGGGUUCUCUGUUAAGCCCUUUACAAGGCAAGAGAACACUGUUAUACAGACUUGUGUUGUUGCUUGCUAUGGCCUUGCAUUUAGCGGGGGUUUCGGGUCGUAUCUGAUUGCCAUGGAUGAGAAAACGUAUAAACUCAUUGGACCUGAUUACCCGGGAAAUAGAGCAGAAGAUGUCAUAAAUCCAGGAUUGGGUUGGAUGACUGGCUUCUUAUUUAUCGUCAGCUUUCUUGGUCUUUUUAGUCUUGUUCCACUUCGAAAGGUUAUGGUGAUGGAUUACAAGCUUACAUAUCCUAGUGGAACUGCAACAGCUAUGUUGAUCAAUAGCUUUCACACAAAUACUGGAGCAGAACUUGCAGGGAAGCAAGUUCGUUGUCUUGGAAAAUAUUUAAGCAUAAGUUUGGUAUGGAGCUGCUUCAAGUGGUUCUUUAGUGGGAUUGGAGAUUCAUGUGGAUUUGACAAUUUUCCUACCCUUGGACUGGCACUAUUUAAGAACACGUUUUAUUUUGACUUUAGUCCGACUUAUGUUGGAUGCGGUCUUAUUUGCCCUCACAUAGUCAACUGCUCAGUUCUCUUUGGGGCUAUCAUUUCAUGGGGUAUCCUCUGGCCUUUCGUUUCCCAACAUGCUGGGGACUGGUAUCCAUCUGACCUUGGGAGCAACGAUUUCAAAGGUCUUUAUGGGUAUAAGGUAUUUAUUGCUAUUUCUCUUAUUCUGGGGGAUGGAAUCUACAAUUUGAUCAAGAUUAUAGCCAUUACUAUUAAGGAAAUGUGCAAUGCAAGCUCCAGACAGAGCAAUCUUCCUGUCAUUGUAGAUGCUGCCGUAGAUGCAGAGGGCUCUAAGCUACAACUGGAGCAAAAAAGAAGGGAUGGGAUAUUCCUGAAAGAUAAAAUACCUAAUUGGUUUGCAGCUUCUGGGUAUGUGGCCUUGGUGGCAAUAUCAACAGCAGUUAUGCCAAUGAUCUUUCCACCGCUUAAGUGGUAUCUGGUUCUCGGUUCAUACAUUAUUGCUCCAGCCCUGGCCUUCUGCAACUCUUAUGGCACUGGCCUCACAGACUGGAGUUUAGCUUCAACCUAUGGAAAGAUAGGUCUUUUCAUGAUUGCUUCAUUGGUUGGAAGCAAUGGAGGAGUCAUAGCUGGAUUAGCAGCUUGCGGGGUUAUGAUGUCCAUUGUUUCCACUGCAGCUGAUCUCAUGCAAGACUUCAAGACAGGUUACCUCACUCUCUCUUCAGCCAAGUCUAUGUUUGUGAGCCAGCUUGUUGGAACAGCCAUGGGUUGUGUGAUUGCCCCACUCACAUUCUGGUUGUUCUGGACUGCCUUUGACAUCGGAGACCCUAAUGGUCCCUACAAAGCACCUUAUGCUGUAAUCUUCAGGGAAAUGGCCAUUCUUGGCAUUGAGGGCUUCUCUGAGCUUCCAAAGCACUGCUUAGCUAUGUGUUAUGGAUUUUUCGUGGCAGCCUUGGUUAUAAACCUCCUUAGGGACGUGACCCCAGCGAAGGUAUCGCAGUUUAUCCCCAUCCCAAUGGCAAUGGCAGUUCCAUUUUACAUUGGAGCUUAUUUCGCCAUUGACAUGUUCGUUGGAACUGUAAUACUUUUCGUGUGGGAACGAGUGAAUAGAAAGGAUUCUGAGGAUUUCUCUGGCGCAGUUGCAUCGGGUUUGAUUUGUGGCGACGGUAUUUGGACAGUUCCAUCUGCAAUCCUCUCCAUUUUGAGGGUCAAUCCACCCAUCUGCAUGUACUUUGGUCCUUCUUUGAGCAGCUGAAUAUGGAGAAAUGUUGGGAGUUGAUGUCUUUGUAACAUGUGUACUUUGAAUUGGAACUUUGUAAAUAAUAUACUUAUGUGCCUCUGAUUUAUUAGUAGGUAUGUCACGUACGAGUACACGUACGGUUCAUCUCAAGCAUGGGCAUGACAGCAACUACCAAGCCCAACAGUAAGGUCCAAUGAACAUUUAUAGCUGCCUUUUGUUGUUGUUGCUGUUCAACUCAGCCCUUUAUAGUUUAGCUAUUUCAAGUUUAUGACCAAUUUUUUUUGCCCUUUCCUUUUCUCAUGUACAUAGUUAUGAAUAAAAUUCAUUUUAUGAUAA